AUGACCAUUCCCGAUGAAGAAAGGGCGUUCAUUGACCAAAUUCUGGAACAGCAUAAUAUCCGUCGAGAGAGGGUGCGUUCGCAUGUCAGAUCCGAACUCCGAAUAUUGUCAAAAUUCCAGCACAACGCCCCUUACUUGGAAUACAACGAGGAGUUGUCCGAAAUGGCCCAACAGUGGGCUGAGAAGUUGGCUAAACAGGUGCAUCACAAUAGAUAUUCCCAUUACAAAUUACAAUAACGUCCUUUAGGCGCAUAUCUCAUUCAGUGAACUAAGUGGUGUUGGAGAGAAUAUCACCUUCUUCCCUCCUGAGAUCGACGCCGAAUCAGGUAAGUGCCGGGAGUGACCUAUAUAAUCUUAUUACUAUUCUUCUCCGCGGGAUUGAAGAUCCUAUUAGAAAGUCAUUGGGUAACCUGACUUGGACAGUGUUCGAAUAGCCAGAUUUCUGAAAAUUGAACUCUUAACUUUUUGUGUGUGCCUUCUCCCAAAAAGAUUCUAGUACAUGGCACAAAAAAGUGGAUAGACAAGGCUGCAGACCCGCGGGGACAACGAGAAUUGAAUUUGGAGACUUUCGAAAGCGACGAACCAAAACACUCUCCUUUCUACCUCAAAUCUGAGGAGCAAAUUGCGAAAUAGAAAGCUUUCGACUCUUUUCUGGCUUUUGAUCAGUCCAAGAGCAACUUCCGCCUUUUCGAGUUUAUUUCGGGUUGUUCAUCGGACGGAAACUGACGACUUCAAUCCAGCUAAUUGAACUAUUCAAAGUCUUCAGGGAAAUCCGGGUUUUUCUGUUCUAUGGUCACAAAAUGUCUCUGUUGGCAUUUCAGUUGUCGAGCACUGGUAUCAGGAGCACGAAAAGUACGAGUAUGAGACUCCGGGGUGGCAGACUGGAACCAAUUACUUUACGCAAGUUAUAUGGCGCUCAACGAAAGAGGUAAUUCGAUCCGACACCAGAAAACGGAGAUGGCCGGAAAUGAGCAAAUUUAGAUCGGUGUCGGAUGUGCGUACGUGAAAAAAGGGCACGAGAAUGACGAGGACAACACUUCAUGCUCGAAUGGAAGUGUUUGCAAGUCGCUGACUUCUUUGAAGUAUCUUAAAUUUUGAAAAGCACAGAAAUUCUCACUCUAUGCAUAUUCAGCAGCAACGGAAAACUGGCGGCCGAGGGUGACAAAGUGAUCGUGGCGUUCUACCGCCCCGCUGGAAACAACAAUCGCUCCGGACAGUUCGCCGCCAACGUUCUGAAGCCUUGA